CAGUUCCCGCCGCCAGGGUCCAGCGCGCCUGCCUCGCCGCUCUCCGCGCCCCGCCCUCUCCGGCCUCCAGUGCCCGAGGUUCGAUGUCCGCCGCCGAAGGGCCCCUGCCUUCCGGCUGCCCCGCGCGCCUCGCCCGCUUCGCCCGAGACGUCGCGGGCCAGGGCCACGACAAGGCCGUCAUCGCGGUGGCGGCCCUCGGCGCCGGGGGGGUUCGUCUCCGGGAGCAAGGACGGGACGGCCCGAGUGUGGGAUGCGGCCACCGGCGCGGAGCUGUGCACCGCCAGGGGCCACGGCGGCUGGGUCGUCGACGUGGCGGCCCUCGGCGCCGGGGGGGAGCGCUUCGUCACCGGGAGCGGGGACGCGACGGCCCGAGCGUGGGAUGCGGCCACCGGCGCGGAGCUGUGCACCGCCAGGGGCCACGGCGGCUGGGUCGUCGCGGUGGCGGCCCUCGGCGCCGGGGGGGAGCGCUUCGUCACCGGGAGCGAGGACGGCACGGCCCGAGUUGUGGCAUGCGGCCACGGGGGUGCUGGUUAUGAACGUCUCCAAGCGCGGCGCUCUGGAUUUGUUUGGGUGGAUGCCCAUCGUCGAGGCUGCAGGUGGCCUCUCGCAAGCGGUCGCGCUGGCUUUUGACGAUGCCAUCAAGUGGAAUCGCGAGGCCAUCGCCCCGAUCGCCGCUCCCCUUCAAGUAAGCCUGCUUAAUUCUUGGAUUUCACCCUUCCUAGUGUUUCACCAGAGUUUCAAUUUUAUUGCAAGGCGUGCUGCGCCGUGUCAGCAGCUUUUGCGUAUGUUGGUUCGGCGUACUAUCGUAAAUUCGCGUUCGCAGUAA